CUCAAACUGCCUAGUCUGCUAGGGUUCGGUUCGAGUCGAUCCGGUGGACCUUCGGAUUGAAAGGGAAGGAAGACGGGGGUUGAAGAUCACAGGAGUCCAGACUCCAGAAUGAGUCUGUGAAGCGGGAAAGGACGAAGAUAGCGCGCCUAUUCUUUCCCAUUUUACCAUUUCCAUUUCCAUUUCCAUUUCCAUCACCGUCUCCUCUAUCUCCUCUCCGUGAUCUACACCCAAGCCUCUCCGUUGAGGUCGCCAUGGGGAUAAAGGGUUUGACGAAGCUCCUUGCGGACCACGCUCCCAAAGCUAUGAAGGAACAGAAGUUUGAGAGUUAUUUCGGUCGGAAGAUUGCAAUCGACGCCAGCAUGAGCAUCUACCAGUUCCUUAUCGUUGUCGGAAGAACUGGCAUGGAAACUCUCACUAAUGAGGCUGGCGAAGUUACAAGUCAUUUGCAGGGGAUGUUCAAUCGAACUAUCAGAUUAUUAGAAGCAGGUAUCAAGCCAGUAUAUGUAUUUGACGGCCAGCCUCCAGAGCUAAAGAAAGAGGAACUUGCUAAAAGAUAUUCAAAGAGGGAAGAUGCAACUAAGGAUUUGAGCACAGCAAUCGAGACUGGUGAUUUGGAGGGAAUUGAAAAGUACAGCAAAAGGACUGUCAAGGUAACCAAGCAACAUAAUGAAGAUUGUAAACGUCUCUUAAGACUAAUGGGUGUGCCUACUAUUGAGGCACCCUGUGAAGCAGAAGCUCAAUGUGCAGCUCUUUGCAAAAGUGACAAAGUGUAUGCGGUUGCCUCAGAAGACAUGGAUUCUUUAACUUUUGGGGCGCCGAAGUUUCUCCGUCACUUAAUGGAUCCUAGCUCCAAAAAAAUCCCUGUGAUGGAAUUUGAAGUUUCAAAGGUUCUUGAAGAACUAGAACUCACUAUGGAUCAGUUCAUUGAUUUGUGCAUCCUCUCUGGAUGUGAUUAUUGUGAUAGCAUCAAAGGCAUUGGAGGACAAACAGCUUUGAAGCUCAUCCGUCAGCAUAAUUGCAUAGAGAAUAUCUUGGAGAACAUAAACAAAGAAAGAUAUCAAAUUCCUGAAGAGUGGCCUUAUCAAGAAGCUCGACGCUUGUUCAAAGAACCAAAUGUGAUCAUGGACGUUCCAGAACUAAAGUGGAUACCUCCAGACGAGGAGGGUAUUCAGAACUUUCUGGUGAAUGAAAAUGGAUUCAACAGUGAUCGAGUUGCUAAGGCAAUAGAAAAAAUUAAAUCGGCCAAGAACAAAUCUUCCCAGGGCCGGUUGGAGUCCUUUUUUAAACCUGUUAUAAAUGCAUCCGCCCCCACCAAAAGAAAGGAGAGUGACAAAGCUUCAAAAGAAACUUCUACCAACAAGAACUCUAAAGCUGGAACUGCAAAGAAGAAAAGAUAAAAAGCUCCCUCAUCCCUCAAAAAUUGUAGUAUGUCAUCCUAGCAGAUAAGAUCUGUUGGCUCAGAUUCUAAAGAUCCUAAGUUUCCUUAUCAUACUGUUUUGGCAUAUGAUUCUCACUGGCUGGUCAUGUUUCUGAGAACUUUGGUGCACGAUGCACCUUUGCUAAUUUCUAAGUGUGCUUUAUGUUAUGUGUCUGACCAAUUCCCAAUUCAAUCCAUCAAAGAUCUCAUCAGGUUACUAAUUUUUUCUCA